AUGGAUGUUCUGGCAUACCCUAAACAGUUUAGCUACGGGUAUCUAGCCAGCGAGUCUUGCGCUGGGCACAAAAUGCAGGUCAUUUUUGCUCUCGCCGAUGUGUUUAGUGUUUUCAAGGCCCCUGUACCGACAACUUCAAAUCUUGGUCUUUACAACAGCAAGGUCGACCGUCAAGCUCAGAUUUCGACUAUUCAUCUCAAGCAAAUAAAUUUGCAGGUCGGCGGUGCUACCUCCAGGUGA